AUGGUGCAUCUGUGCCCCCCUGCUAGACCGGGCCCUGAGUGGGCUAGCGAGCUUCAGGACAAGAUCCGAGACUUUGGAUAUUCCAGCCAUGGCAAUCACAAUUCCAUGAGCCUAUUACGGACCGCAGAGCUAUAUGGAGGUCAGGAUACUAGUUUAGUUGACUUCCCUGCCACGAAUCAGCCCUCUUUCCGAAACGAUGCCGACCGUAAGUAUAAAGAAUUAGUCCGCCAGCUGCCUUCGCAGGCCUGCAUCGACAUCUUGGUCCAAACGUUUUUCUCCGGCAUCAAUUGGCAGUAUGACCUACUUGACGAGGAAUCCUUUAGAGAACGCCUAGAGGCAUGGGGAAAGAUCUCAUACUCUGACCUUCAAGUGAGCUUCGGAAGAUUGGCGCUAGAGACCCUUGUGUUUCCAGCACUACUGUUUCAAGUCCUUGCACAUGCCCUUCUCUUUCACCCUCCUCAUGAUGAAAUGAUCAAUUCUCUCAUGACCAUGGCUGGUAUGACCUUCCAUGAUCUUGGGGCCGAAUAUAGCGAUACCGGCGCUGAGUUACUCGCACUUCUGGGGAAAAAGAAUAUUCAAAUCGCCAUGGUACAAGCAGGUUUGCUCCGAGCCUCUUUUCUGAAAAGUAGCGGCAAAGUUGUUGAAGCCUGGCAUACGCUUGGGACAACAAUCCGCGAUGCACAGGAAAUUGGCCUACAUACCGGGCGAAAUGUAUCUGAGCAAUCUUCAGUCGAGCCGAAGCACGAGAGACACAAUGUCAGUCUCGUUGGUCACAGGAUUUGGGUGGUCUUGCAUAUUUGGGACGUCCAUAUGGCUGUCGUUCUCGGUCGACCGAUUGCAACCGAUCUCCAAAUAGACCGCUUCUCUCACACUAUAGAGGACGACGAAAGACGGCGAGACUUAUUCUCGCAUUGGCAAAGCGAGAAUUGUCUCCCUCGACCAUUUGACAUCAUCCUCGCCGGCUAUAAUGUGGCCUAUCGAUAUUUCAAGGACAUUCACCAAAUGGAACAGAAUGGUGCUAACCCCCAAGACUACCCCACGGUCGAACGUAUUCACGCCGCAAUCAUGAACAAUAUACAUUUUUUACCCUCUUGGUGCCGUCUAGAAAACCCAGAUACGAAGUUUGAUCGAUUACACGGGUGCCAAUGGCUACCCGUUGCCCGAGAAGGACUGUUCUCGCUCAUCCACCUUGUUCUUCUCGCACUUCAUCGACCGUUCAUAUUCUCUGUUGCCAACAGUCGCACAGAAGCCGUCAAAGCUGGAAUAUCCAUUCUUCAUGCACAGGAACGACUAUUUCAACAGUCAGAGCCGCACCAGCGCAAGGUGUUUAAUCCGGUCUAUGCUUCUUUUGAUGCGAUUGUUCUCCUUGCAGCACUCUGUCUUGUCUUUCCGAAUGAGGAUCACGAAAGACGAACAGAGUGUAUCAAUGUUGUUGAACGAGGGAUACAACGGCUGGACAUCAUUGGUCAAUCCAAUUCCAUGGCAAAGUCAGCACAUGGUGUCGUCUGCAGCUUGUACCAUCGCCUAAGACAUCGGCUCGGUAUCUCGGAAAUGGAGGACUCUAGGGCAUUUUUCAGCAACUCAACAUGGAUCUCUCCCAACAACGAUACAUAUUACUCUAAUGGGGCACCGUCGGGAUUCUCUUUUGAUGCUGUUUUACCUCCGCGCCCAACCCAUGACCUGUUCUUCGAUCAUAUUUCAAGCACCCAAAUCCCCCUCAUGGACACACCGGACGGUUUGCCCUUGGACCCGCUUACUGUGAACGUUACAGAUGAUUGGAAAUUUGAAGGCACCUUCACAGAUGCUAGCUUCUGGGGUGUGAUGAACGAGCUUAAUCAAUGA